CUCCUGCUCAGUGGAAAACGGAAAACUUGUGUGCUCCGAGGAAAAUUUGCUACUGUCUGGUUGCGCUCGGUCGUAGUAAGCUUCGAACCGACACACCGUUUGGCUGCCCGUGUGAGUCCGUACCGUGCGUGUGUGACAGAUCAAAAAGAGUGUGGUGAAGAAGAUCUCCGAGCCAAGAAAAGAAUAAAUCCGAAACCCAGCAAAAAUGUUCUCCGCACUGUUGGACGCCGCUCGGAACUCCCCCUUCAAGACUCCGUUCACAAAGGCACAAUGUGAUGCAGCAGCGCCCAGCGAAAAUCCCAAAUCGUUGAUUGCCAGCGGACGAACCCUGGCGGCCGCUGCCUCCGACGAGGUGGAGUUCGGUUCGAACCAGUUCUACCUGCUGUGCGGUCUCGGUGGUAUCAUCUCGUGCGGUUCGACGCACACCUUCGUGGUGCCGCUGGAUUUGGUCAAGUGUCGUCUACAGGUCGACCAGGCCAAAUACAAAAACCUGUUCCACGGCUUCAAGGUCUCGGUCGCUGAGGAGGGCGCCAAGGGUCUAGUGAAGGGAUGGGCCCCCACCUUCUUCGGUUACUCGGCACAGGGUGCCUUCAAGUUCGGUCUGUACGAGGUCUUCAAGGUGCAGUACGCAAACAUGUUGGGUGAGGAGAAUGCCUACCUGUACCGUACCUGGUUGUAUCUGGCCGCUUCCGCCUCAGCCGAAUUCUUCGCCGAUAUUGCCCUGUCUCCGAUGGAGGCUGCCAAGGUCAAGAUCCAGACAAUGCCAGGUUUCGCUGGAACCCUGCGUGAAGCCGUGCCCAAGAUGAUGGGCGAGGAAGGUGUCACUGCCUUCUAUAAGGGUCUGGUCCCAUUGUGGUGCCGACAGAUCCCGUACACCAUGAUGAAGUUCGCUUGCUUUGAGAAGACCGUUGAAUUGCUCUAUGCCUAUGUCGUACCGAAGCCACGUGAUCAGUGCUCUAAGGGUGAGCAGCUGCUGGUUACCUUUGCUGCUGGUUACAUUGCUGGUGUAUUCUGUGCCAUCGUCUCUCACCCAGCUGAUGUCGUCGUGUCGAAGUUGAACCAGGCCAAGGGAUCCAGCGCAUUCGAUGUGGCUAAGCAGCUUGGCUUCAUGGGAAUGUGGAAUGGUCUGAUGCCGCGUAUUAUCAUGAUCGGUACGCUAACUGCCCUACAGUGGUUCAUCUACGAUGGUGUCAAGGUUGCCCUGAACAUCCCGCGUCCACCACCCCCAGAGAUGCCAGAAUCGCUGAAGAAGAAGCUUGGAGUUCAGUAAAUACGUUGCAUCAAUCUUCGUUGAGAAUCUCCUUCACUUCCCCUGUACUUCUUUCACUGAUAAGAUAGAAUUAUUUUAUAAGCCAUACCAAAAUUCUCAAUUUAAAACUAUUACGGUACGGACAUUAACACAGUCAUCGAUAAUAAAUCCGACACUAUGAAUAACGGAAUCGUUCGAGUGCUAUUAUUAUUAGAUGCUACGGUGCGCAAACAAUCUACAAAAACACUACUAAAGAUCACCUUCGAAAACGUGAUACAGUAUUUUGCACAAUUGUAAGAAUCUCAACAAAUUUGGUUAAGCAGAUACCAAAGUUGUACGUAACUUUUCGCACUAUCACCCUUCUGAGGGUGGAUCGAUUGUACCGUUACUUUAAAUUAUACUAAAGUACUAUGUUACCAUGGGUAGUCCAAAGAGAAAUAAAGUGAACGCGUUUCUUCAUGGAAGAACAAAACCAA